AUGGUGCCGACGACAAAGCUGCUCCCGGCGCCGCUGACGGCGGUCGACGCCGACGACGCCGACGAGUUCGGCACGAUCAUCUGCAUGAACGACGCUCCAUGGGCGCCGAUUCUCGUGCGGAUCGCCCCAAACUUGGGCCGCCGGCUGUUGAUCUUGUCCGCUGACGUCCCACUCGUCUCGCUUCUGGAGCCAGCGGUUCAGUCCAACAAAUUGGAGCACGGAAAAGCGGAGGGGAAAUGGAAGAAAAUCGAAAAAAAUCCACUUGAAAGAGUACAAAAACAAGCCAGCAAGAUGAAAAGGAGAAUUUAA